ACCGCCAAAUUGAAUUGAGAGAAAUAUCAAAUAGGUAUAAUUUUGCUGUUCCCAAUUGCUUUCUCUUUCGAUCGGAGCCGGAGAAAUCACAGAAGCAUCAAUGCCGUUAGGUAAAUACCACUGUGAUUACUGCGACAAGCAAUUCCAAGACACUCCCUCUGCUCGCAAACGACAUCUUCAAGGCAUCCAGCACAAGCGUGCUAAAGCAUUUUGGUUCGAUUCAUUCCGAGAUCCGAAUCUCGUCAAUCCAGAAACAUCCAUCGGAAAUGCAGUCUGCCACCGUUUUAUGAGAACAGGAUCAUGCCAGUAUGGAGACUUAUGCAAGUAUUAUCAUCCAAAGCAGAACCUGCAAACUAUGAAUCCUACUUCAGUUUCUCAAGGUGAAGGAUCAUCUAGAGAAGGAGAUGUUAUGGUAGAGAAAUUAGGAGUUUCAUGGGGCAAUUUACCUCCAUCUCUUAAACCACCACUACCUGAAAAUGGGUAUUCAUCUCUUCCUUUAGUUGAUUGGGGAUGAUCAAAUAUUAUAUAUGUUGUCAAGUUUAUAUUAUUAUAAUUUUAGGUCAUUUUUGAGAUUUUAAUAAACAACUUACUUAGUGCAGACACAUUUUUGUACUUAUUAGUCUCUCGUUGUGGCUUAAAUAUGUGGGUUUUUUUUAACUUCUGUAAUGUUUCUAGUCUUUUGUUAAAUCUG